UGAGAGCUGGAGAUGCAGAAAGAUGGACCGUUUUAAAGGGGAAAUGGAGAAUAAUGCACGGCCAGCCCUGCCUCAGCAACCGAGCUGUGCAGGCUAGGGCAGCACUGCUUGUGCUGGUGACCUCAAGCUGGAUUAAAAAAAUUCACAAUUGCUUUGUAUAAAUUUCAACAGAGCUGAGGAGGAAAAUGGUAAAAUAGCUAAGACAUCUUUGGUGUUUUAAAGAGCACCUUAAGAUACCAUAUACAAUUUGGCAGUUGGAGAAGACAGCAGUCUGAAGCAGUGCUUAUGUAUUUAUUGUGAAAUAGCAUCCUUUAGAAAGCACCGAGGUCCAUGCUAGAGAUAUAGUCAAAAGAGUGUGAGAGAGAUAAUUUCACAGUAUGAGACAGUAUGAAUGUUUCACAGCAUAAGAGGAGAGAAUGACUUACAAGGAGCAGAGGAAAGGUCAGAGAGGGAAAGCUGAGAGAUACUCACCUACAAGAAGGAGAAAUCAACAGCCACAGAUGGAUCAGAAAAAAUGAGAAGCACGUGUAGGGAAUACAUAAAUCUGUAUUCUCCUGUCUAGUCACAUCAUGCAGAGAGAGGAAGGAGGAGAUAGCCUCAGGCCUAAAGAAGUUUGAAGUUCAUCACAGAGGACUGAAGACUGUCCAGAAGCCUGAACAAGCAGCCACCUAAUCUCAUCAUGUAUUUCACCUGCCAUAUACGUGCAUAUGAUGAAGAACACAUUAAGGUGAUGCACAGGGAGGAUUUUUAGAGCACCUCAGACGACAUCCUAAAUGGAUGAUUAACAUCACAAUGGCAGAACUCACAGUGGAGAAUGGCAACUGUAUGGACUGGCAAAAGCGAUGCCUUGUGUUGGAGUCCCAGCUCUUCAAAUUCCGCUUGCAGGCAAGCAAGAUUCGAGAGCUGUUAGCUGAGAAGUGAGGAUUUCUUCCUUGAUUACAGUACAUCUUUGCUUUAUCAGUUGAGAUGCAAAGAUGUGCCUGUCCUAGUGGUGUAAAGUGGCAGAAUAGAAUGAGCCUUGUUUACUGCAAAAUCACCAAGUAUUUGGACUGUAGUGGAAAACACUGUACCAGCAAGAUUCUGGAUAUCUGAAGUGACUGAGACAACAGCGGAGCAACUAUGGAUGUUUUGGAUGCAGGAAUUGGAACAGAGAGUGAUAGAAGCAGAACAAAGAGCUGAGGAUGCAGAGAAACAGGUCAGAGUUAUGGAAGAGAAGAUAAAACUUGCCAACGUGAAGACUGGUGAAUCUGACAGCACCCUGCACAUGAAAUACCAGGAGCUGAUGUGCACAAUGCAGGGAAAGGAGGAUCUGAUCAACAAAUUGGAGACACAGCUGGCAAAACAGAAACAGCUAAGGACUGAGGAAGCCAAAAUUGUUCAAGAGAAAGCUGCCAAGAUCAAAGAGUGGGUAACAUUUAAGCUCAGGGAGCUUGAGUUAGAAAAUUACCACCUGAAAAACUGUAAUCAGAGACUGAUGGAGCAAAUUGGAGCUCUUCAGGAUACAUUGCAAGAUAUUACCAGCAUUCCUUCCUUUGAAUCUCUUUGGAGCUGUGAUUCCCUGAAGCCCCAAGCAUCACAGGCCUCUUUUGCUGAGAAGAUAGAGCAGAAAUCUGUGCUCCUUGCACCUGGUUUCAGAGAGAUGUGUCAGACAGGACCUUCCAAACAUGUCCUCUCUUCAGCAAACAUAGUCCUUGCCAAUGACACCUUUACUGAGAAUGGAGAGGAUAAAUCUCUGCUUUCCCAGAGCAUGCUGAAGCUCAUGUCUGACCCAUCAAGCUGGAAUCUCUCCACAGAGAAAAAUGUAUUUCCAACUCUAAGUUCUGAACACGGUUUAGGGUGCUCUGGUCCCAUAUCACUGGACUCUCCAGCUGAAACCACAAGAAUUCUUGAGGCUUUGACCUUCCAAUCAUCUUUGGAAGGAAACUGUCGUGCUGUGAGCACCUUGCAACAAGUGGGUUUGGAUAGCACCCGCUUCUCUGAUGAUCUGAGUUCCAGAAUCCAUUCCCACCAGCUGGACUCGUCUUCCUCAGCAGAAAUAAUGAGCAUGCUUGAAGGACGUCUCCAAACUGCUGAGCCACCUCUGGUUGUGUCAACAUCAGCUGUUGCAGCACAUUCCUUCUUUCCAGGGAGGGAGUGCAGCCUUGGGAGUAGUAUGACGUUUCCAAAAAUUCGAACACCCAAUACACCAAGGGACAGUAUCCAGCUAGCCAAGAGACAUCACAGCCAACCCCAGUCAGGGGCUAAUUCUUUCCAUCAUGUAAUGCACUUAGAGACUAGCACUUUCCAGCCCAUAACAGACCCUCCAGUCAGCUGUGGGCAUGUGGAGGAAACAGACAUUGAUGAUGAUGGAGUAACAGAGAAGAUGGAGACAGAAUGUGGCCCGCUGAGGGGAGGAGCUGGAACGUGUGAGGGAAUGUGCCACUUACCUGCAGAGCAAAGAGAAGCUGUGAGUUCUGAGUCUGGCACACUUGACCCAGGAUGUAAACCUCCCACACCACCGCUGCACCGAUUCCCAUCGUGGGAGAGCCGAAUCUAUGCCGUGGCCAAGUCUGGCAUGAGGCUGUCUGAAGUGGCCAUGGUGAAUGAUACUUCCAGCUGGUUUUCCAAUUUCUCGUGUUCAACUUCUGGGCCAUUUACCUAUCUCAUCUACAGAAAUGUCACAGUGCCAGUCUACACUACGCUGAAGGGGAAAGCCACACAGAUCAGCAAUGUGCCUUUCUUAGAUGAGUCUUCAGGCUCUGAUGAUGACUGUGGCUCCCGUGCCAGCUUCAGGACUUCUACUGCUGGAUCUGAGAACAGGAAAGCUAGCAUGCCAGGCAGCCCUCGGGCCGUGAAGAGAGGUGUAUCUGUGUCCUCACUGAGCUCCGAGAGUGACUAUGCCAUCCCUCCUGAUGCCUACUCCUUGGAUGGUGACUAUUCAGAGCCAGAACAUAAGCUACAGAGAACAUCUUCCUAUUCCACUGAUGGUGGAAUCUGCUCUGAACCCAUGGAGAAAUCAGGCUACUUGUUGAAAAUGGGCAGCCAGGUAAAGACGUGGAAAAGGCGAUGGUUUGUUCUCAGAAACAGACAAAUCAUGUACUACAAGUCCCCGAGUGAUGUUAUCCGCAAACCACAAGGGCAGCUGGAGCUGAAUUCUUCAUGCCAAAUUGUCAGGGGUGAAGGGUCCCAAACAUUCCAGCUUGUGACAGAAAAGAGAACCUACUUCCUGACAGCUGACUCUCCCAACAUCCUGGAGGAAUGGAUUCAUGUCCUGCAGAGUGUCCUGAGAGUACAAGUGAGCGGUCCUGUUGGUGUUCCUCACAGUGAUGCUAAACCGACUGUAAAAGGCUGGCUCACUAAGGUCAAGCAUGGUCACUCUAAGCUGGUCUGGUGUGCACUGAUUGGAAAAACUUUCUACUACUAUCGAAAUCACGAAGAUAAGUGUCCUUUAGGGCAUCUGCCUCUGCGUGAGUCCAAGGUGGGAGAAGUAGACCGUUCCUGUGACUCUGAUGAAGAUUAUGAAACUACUGGUGGAGGACUUCUGUCAUCCCACUGUACACUGGUGAUUCACCCACAGGACCAGAGUCCCACGUAUUUACUUAUCCGCACCAAACAGGAGAAGAACACCUGGCUGUACCAUCUGACUGUUGCAGCUGGUAGCAGUAAUGCCACAGUGGGCACGUCAUAUGAACAACUCAUUGGAAAACUAUUGGAUGCAGAGGGAGACCCUAAUUCUCCUCUGUGGAAGCAUCCUAUGUUGUGCUACAGCAAAGAUGGGUUGCACACAUCCCUCACUACUCUGCCAUCAGAGGCUCUACAGACUGAAGCCCUGAAACUUUUUAAGUCCUGUCAGCUGUUCAUCAACGUUCCUGUGGAGGCAUCCUCUAUUGAUUACCAUGUGUCACUUGCCCAGACAGCACUGCUAGUGUGCUUGACACAUACCGAGCUGCAGAAUGAAAUUUACUGUCAGCUUGUUAAACAGACCAGCUGCCGACAGCCCCAGAACCACUCAGUCAUUCAGUGCUGGCAGCUCCUGGCUUUAUGUGCUCCUGUAUUCCUGCCUCAACAUCACUUCCUCUGGUACAUCAAACAGCACUUGCAGCGACAUGCAGACCCCAGGAGUGAGAUAGGCAAGUAUGCCAUCUACUGCCAGAGAUCACUAGACCGCACGGUGCAGGCUGGAGAGCGGGAAGCCAAGCCCUCCCGCAUGGAGAUCGUGUCCAUCCUGCUGAGAAAUCCCUACCACCACUCGCUCCCCUUCAGCAUCCCAGUGCACUUCAUGAAUGGAACAUACCAGGUUGUAGGUUUUGAUGGUUCCUCAACUGUUGAUGAAUUCAUCCAGAGACUGAACCAGGAAACAGGAAUGAGGAAGCCAUCCCAUAUGGGAUUUUCUCUGUUCACAGAUGAUCCUUCUGGCAGGAAUUUGGAACAUUGUUUGCCUGGCAAUAUGAAGAUCUGUGAUGUCAUUUCUAAAUGGGAACAAGCCUUAAAAGAAUUGCAUCCUGGGAAAUAUGAAGGUGGCACAAGAAUUGUAAAGUUGACCUAUAAGAACAGACUGUAUUUUCGGAGCCAGGCCAAAGGUGAGACAGACCGUGAGCGGUUGCUGCUGGCCUUCCAAGUGAGCAAUGAAAUAGCCAGUGGAAGGUUUCCUGUUAAUAAGGAAUUAGCUCUGGAAAUGGUGGCUCUAAUGGCUCAGGUGGAAUAUGGGGAUUUGGAUCGACCAGGAUCUUCAAGUCCUGGGGGACCAUCACAAUUGAAAAUGCAGCAUCUUCUCCACCAGGUUUUAGACAAAUUCUACCCCAAACACUACAAGCAAAACAUUACUCCUGAACAGCUCAGGCAACUGACAGACAGGCUGGCAACAAAGUGGCUGGUGCUGCAGGGAUGCUCUCCACCAGAAUGCAUUCGAAUUUAUCUGACGGUGGCCCGGAAAUGGCCUCUCUUUGGAACCAAAAUAUUUGCUGCUAAGCCUAUUUUGCCUUCCUCAUUGGAAGACUCUCCAGUCUGGAUAGCUGUGAAUGAAGAUGGCAUCAGCAUACUGGAUUACAACACAAUGCAUUUGAAGGUCUCUUAUUCAUACUCUUCUGUGCUGACCUUUGGAGGCUGUCGAGAUGACUUCAUGAUUGUAGUCAGUAAAAUGAAAGAAAGAAGUUCUGGAAAAAAUAGCACUGAAAAACUCCUCUUCACAAUGGCAAUUCCAAAGAUUGUUGAAGCAACACUUCUGAUUGCCAGCUACAUUAACUAUCGUUCGACUCCUUCACUGCUGUCUUCCACGCAGCCCUCACGAAGCAAAACACCUGCUAAGCCCUGGGAGACUGAAAAGCGGUGCUGUUUUACUUCCGUGCCCCGAAGCACAAAGGGGCCCACCCUGCUCUGAGGGCUUGUUCCACGAGUUGAUUUUGUUAGUUAUAUACCACAGAUUAAGGCAGGCUCUGAUUCUUUUACCAUAGUAAUAGACAAAGUUCCUUAGAGGUAGAGGCAGUGUACUUCCUCUUAAAAAAAAAAAGUUCAUUUGGGGGACUGUGCGGGAGUUUCCUUUCCACACAUUCCAUCCAAAAUUCCAUUCCUCAGGUCAUUUGCCUGCACAGUGCUCCAGUCAUUACAUCUGCACUCAUUCUUCCAUCUCCUACUGUACUGCCUUGCUUUACAAGUACAUAUAUUUUCUUUGAUCCCUCCAAUUUUCAGCUUUCAAAAGACAUAAACUUUUGUGUUAUUGCUCAGACAUGAAAGAAAGACACUGCUAAGAAGGAAGAGGAAUUAAACUCACAAGAAUAGUUCUGGUGCAAGUCACGGGUUAUUUCAGACCUGAAAUAGUGAGUAUAGAAUUAGAGUUCAGCAGUACUUUACAGUAUUUUCAACUUUAAACAAAGGUGGAAGCCUAGGGUCUUUUCACGUUGAGUUCUCAGAACAGCUGGGACCUGGUGUCAGAGACUGCCUGGCACCUGCAGGACCAGUGCAUUUUGGAAACUGACGCUGUUCUAUGCCAUAGAUGAACAUAGCUUGCUGCUGCAGGGCAGGGCUCAGUGUGUCACAACCUCCACUCUCAGACAAGCACUUUCAAAGACUUUCUGAUAACCACUAUUGUAGAUGUGUUUGGAACUGCACGUUAUCUCAGAAAAAAGAAGACAAGGCAAGCAAAUUUUGUACUUUUUCUGUCUUUCAGCAACUAGGACAGAUCUUCCCAGACAAGUUCUGCCAUUCUGACUUGACAGAAGCUGCUUCUUUUUAACUCCUGCUUCCUUCAUGUACCAUAAGCAAGGAGGAGGUAGUCAGCAAUUGUGUACUCAUGUUCUUCUGACUUUCCUAAAGAAUGUUGGUAGGUUUGAUUUUUUUUUUAUCUGUUUCAAAUGGACUUCAUUAUGAGAAGGUCAUUGUAUUUUAAAUAAAUAAAAGAAAAAUAUAAAUUCUUCAUAAAAAUCUAAAUCUACUUAGUUUAAGUUAAUUUUAAGUGCAUUUAAUAGCAUUUAGUGCUAUUUUGAUAAGCAUUCUAAAAAAGCUAAGGAAAAAUAACUGCACUUUGAAAAGUAUCACAUCCAACUUUAUAAUAAUUAUGCAUUCAUGGGCAGCUUUCCCAAAUUAAAACAGUGUGAAUCCAACCACUGGACUCAAGUCAGUAAUAGCAAACCAGUUAUUUGCAAAUGAACAAACCAACCAUACCAGUGGUUUUACUCCCUAGUAGCUGCCCCCAACCUUGACACAUUCAACUAAUACAUAUGGGAGAGCUGAUACAUCAAGGAGGUGUUUUUUUCAUGCUUAUGAUGGGUGCAAAGCCACAAACUAAAAGAGAAGAGCAGGGGAUAGACAAAAAUUGUUCUAAGCAAUUCUUCAUCAGCAUCUUUGUAAUAUACAACAAAAAAAUCCAAACAACCAAACAAAACAAAAUAAACCCAACCCCAAAUCAUCCUCUGCUGAGUUGUAGAAACAGUGUAGCAGACCUAAAACAGGAAGAGUCUAUGAACAGUGACCUGAUUUGCACAUACUGUAAGGUACCCACUUGUUAUGAAUUUAAAGACCAUCCCUUGAAGGUACAAAAAGGGGCAGAAGCUUUCUGAGCCGUAAAUAACUUCAAGAAGGUAUUUAGUCUUUUUUUUCCCCUUAGAUCCUUUCCAGUCUCUGUAUGUCCUGAUAGAGUUUUUAUUUCCCCUCCAGUCUCUGUAUGUCCUGAUAGAGUUUUUAUUUCCCCACUCUCUCACAAUUAUCUUAGUACAGCUGUGUCAGUUAGAAUACACAGUGUUACUCCUCCUCACUCUAUCACCUGGGCCUAAUAAUUUCUCCUGUAUCUGAAGGUCUGUUUGACAGUUUGCUUCUGGUAUCCCACCAGUAAUAAAGCUGCUUCAGAACAGGCUGGAGCCGUCGUCAGUGCUAGGGAUGUUCAAGGCAUAGAAGUCUCCAGUUCACAGGCUGUAUUUCCUGAUGUCCUCAGAGACUUGAGGAGACUUGUACCAGGGCAAACAGGAAGCAGAGAUGAUAAAUAAACAGGAGCUCUCCUGAAACUCAUUAUUUUUUGCCACAAUUGCACUUUAAAUUGAGAAGCAUGAUACACAAAACUUUCUUUCUUCCUUAUUUCUUAAAAAUACUCACCAGUACUUGAGUGUUUCAGGGACCACCCACUCCGAGAGAUGCAAAUACCCCUAUUUAUAGCUUACCUCUCUUCAAACAGCCCACCCUGUGUAGAUACCUACUUUGUAUGAUUCUUUGGUAGAGAAAAUAAUUUUUUAUUUUAAUCAAUGCUUUUGGCAAUGACUGUUAAUGCAGCAUAGAAUGAGAUGACAAAAGCCUUUCUGUUCCUAACUGCUGUGUGUAAGUAAAAGGCUGUCUGGAAGAUACUGUGAGAUUUCUGUUUGUUCUUAAUAAAAUGCAGUUCGUGAAUAAAUAA